UUCCGUUUUCUGGAGAAGUUUUAAGAAUUAAAGUUAUGAUGUUAAUAAAUCUAGAAACAUGUAGCUAAUUAUUUCAAAUGUGGCAUUGCAUCAUUGGUAAUUUUUACACUGUGGUACAAUCUGAUAUAUUAUUUAAAAUCCCCGCUUCGAAUACGCCGAGCUGUACGAUUAAGUUGACGAAAAGGAGGUGGGGCCAUUCAUCAACAUGGCUGCAAAAGCAACAACUGCAGAUUGGGAAUUUGACAAAUUUGACGACGGUUCAUUAAAAAUUGUUGGUGAACUGCAGCUGAGGAAAUAUGGAAAGUUCCUUGAAGAUUAUGCAUCACAGCUAAAGGAGAUAGAAGAUGCUCUUGAUGAGUCUAUUGGAGACUGCUGGGAUAUGACCCUUGAUCCAAUAGCUCUACAGGUCUUGCCAUAUGAACAGACUAACCUGUUGCAGUUGAUUCGAACAGACAACAAAAUCCUCAACAAGGUGCUCACUGUGUUGGCAGCGUUAUGUUGUGAGCUGGACGCGUUGAAGCAUGAAGCGGAAACUAAGUUCUACAAUGCUCUGCUCUUCUAUGGUGAAGGUGAACCUGAGACAGGGCUGGAGGAAGGAGAUGCACAGGUUCAGAUGGGGAGAAUUAUUCCCCUUUUACAGGAACUGUCGUGUUUUGUUUCGCGGUCAUAUGAAGUUGUGAAGAAUGUGGUUCAGCAGUUUUCCUGUCUUUACUCGUUGGCAAGUGCUGGACCUAAGAUGAUAGACAUGACUGAUGUACACGUUCCAGUUGUUUUUCUGCAUCUUGGUGGUCUGCUAGAAGUCCUGAUCACACUGGAUGAGAUUAUUGAUAACCAUGCGACUCUCAAGGAACACUGGACCCUCUAUAAGAGAAUGGUGAAGUCGGUCCGGCAUGACCCCACCAAGUUCAGUGCGUCUGGAGAUAAGCUGCGUCCAUUUGAGAAACUCAUGAUGAUGCUGGAGGGAAGACUGCUCGAUGGGAUGAUCUUUCAGAACUGCGUGGAGCAGAUCUUUGAUGACACCAAGGUUAAUGUGUCCAAGAAUGGGUCGUUUGCUGAAGAGUUUGCCAUCAACAUUCGAGAUAUCGUCGUUGAUUUGGAGAGCCGAAUUGGAGAGAUGAAUGAGGUAGAUCAGAGAUACCAGUUUGUUGGACUGUGUGGACUGUACAUCCUUCACUUUCAAAUAUUUCGAGUCCUUGACAAACGUCUGUUCAAGUCUAUCUGGGAUGUGUACAAAAAGAUUCCUUGUAUCCAUCUCAUUGGCAACGUGGUGUGGUUUCCUAAUGACUUCCUCACAAACAAACUUCCCAACCUAGCCCAGUUUCUCGACCGUAAGGCACUGUCGGCAGUUCUCCCCGCCCAGCAGGCCUGGCUCGCCCAGAAAACCCAGAUGUUAACCAGGACAAGAGAUGUUCAGACGUACAGUGCCCAGGUAACUGCGUGGAUGGUGCGCAUGGAGUCGAACCUGUCACGAGGAUCUACCCUGAUGGAGGACCUCAACAACCGGUGUCUUCUCUUCAUCCAGGGACUUUUCUAUGCUUACAAUUUGAGUCAUCAAAUCCGAACACUGAUGAAUCUUCACGUGGCUCUUCAGAAACCCAUGACCAAGACAGCCGUGCUGGCGCUCUGUCGACUCAUUGAGCUGCUGAAGGCUAUAGAUCACACAUUCCAUCGACGCACCAUGCUUGUUGCAGAGUCGAUAAAUCACAUCAUUCAGCACCUGAGUUUCCAUGCACUGACUGCCAUUGGUAUAGCCAAGAAACGUAUAAAAUCUGACAAGAAGUACAGCGAGCAGAGACUGGAUGUGCUGUCCGCUCUCGUACUGACGGAAUCCGCGCUGCACGGCCCAGGAACUAAAGAGCGAAGAUUAACAGCAAAACUGGCCCUGGCCUUUGCAAAGAAACUGAAAUGUUUUAAAGAUGACGAGUUGAGCAAUCUGGUAGAAACCCUACGUAAACUGGAUAUUAUUUGUGACCUGAGACAAAAGUUACGAGGGGCCUGUGACUGCAGCUUCUUCUACUGGCAUCGAGUCAUCAUGCCCAUCUACCUGACAGACUUAUGUGAGAACGUCACCGAUACACACAGGAUACACUACAUGAUUGGAGCAUUACGAGAUUGUGUUGUGCCGAUGAAGUCUGUUCGACAUCUUAAUUCACCACAGGACCUACUUAAUGCCUUCAACAAGGAAAUCACUGGACAACUUAAUGAGUAUUUGAUAGAUCCUUUGUGUCGGGCCAUCGAGACUGACCUUCGCCUUCAGAUUCACCUUCACCUUCAACUUGAUGACCGAAAUCCAUUCAAGGUCGGCCUGAAGGACUUGUCACAUCUGCUCAAAAUCCGACCAAUCAGGUUCUUUGACAGAGAUAUCAACAUCAAAGUUGUGGUGGAGCACUACCUAAACCGGACAUUCUACAACCUGACCACUGUUGCCUUGCAUGACUGGAAGACGUACGGCGAGAUGAGAAACAUGGCGGAGCAGAAGUACGGACUCAGUCUGAUGGAGUCGCAUCUUCCCAGUCAGACUCUAGAACAGGGUUUGGAUGUGUUGGAGAUUAUGCGAAACAUCCACGUGUUUGUGUCCAAGUUUCUCUACAACCUCAAUAAUCAGAUAUUUGUAGAAAGAACAAGUAACAACAAACACUUGAACACCAUCAACAUCCGGCACAUCGCAAACUCGAUCCGGACUCACGGAAUUGGCAUCAUGAACACCACGGUGAACUUCACCUACCAGUUCCUGCGGAAGAAGUUCUUCAUCUUCUCACAGUUCAUGUACGACGAGCACAUCAAGUCGCGCCUCAUCAAGGACUGGAAGUUCUUCCGGGAGAACCACAUGCACACCGACCAGAAGUAUCCCUUCGAACGGGCAGACAAAUUCAACAAGGGGAUUCGUAAACUGGGCAUGACUCCCGAUGGUGAGAGCUACCUGGACCAGUUCCGAACACUCAUCACGCAGAUCGGCAAUGCGAUGGGCUACAUCCGGAUGAUCCGGUCGGGAGGACUGCACUGCUGCAGCAACGCAAUCCGGUUCAUCCCAGAUCUCGAGGACAUUGUCAGCUUCGAGGAGCUGUGCAAGGAGGAAGGACUUUCUGCCGAGUGUCAGUCUGCGGCCAGGAACCUUGAUAACGUUAUCGGAAACCUGGCGAAGAAUUUUGCAGAAGGAACUGAAUAUUUUAAGAUGCUAGUCGAUGUAUUUGCGCCGGAGUUCAGGAAUCCAAAGAACAUGCAUCUUCGGAAUUUCUUCGUAAUUCUUCCGCCUCUGACCAUCAACUGGAUUGAGCACUCCAUCUCCUGUAAGGAAAAGAUGAGCCGGAAGAAUAAAGUGGGGGCAGCAUUCACAGAUGACGGGUUUGCAAUGGGUCUGGCAUACAUCCUGAAGCUGCUGGACCAGUACCACGAGUUCGACUCGCUGCACUGGUUCCAGUCCGUGAGAGAAAAGUUCAGUCAGGAAAAGGCUCAAAUAAUGAAACAGCAGAGUGGUCGUGCAGAUGAAAAAUUGCAGCAGACAAUGAGUUUGACAGUGAGACGACUAGAUCAAUCACAGCAGGAGUUUGAGCUGCUGUAUUACUCUCUGAGCAGUGCCAGGAUUUUCUUCCGUGCUGAUCUGACGGCCGCCGAGGAAAAGAAAGAAGAUAAAGUGGAAGAAAGUGCUCCAUCAUCUACAGAAGCAACACAGAAUUCUACAGAUGUUCCUGUAGUCGCGGCUCCUGCUUCAGACGGAGGUGCCCCAGCACCACCAGCACCCCCUCCUCCACCGCCCCCUCCCCCACCUCCCCCUCCUCCACCAAUGUAAGCUGAGAAGAGGACUACUAAUGAAUGCUGUAUUAAACAAAGGACAGCGUGUCAGUGUUAUAUAUUAAUCCAAGAAGUGUUGUUGGUCAAUAUUGAAGGUGAUAACUGAAAAGUGUGGUUUUGAAAAUAUUGGUUACCUGACAAGCUGUAACCAAACAUAGUAUUGGUGCUAAUUUCCCAGUCAGUAUGUACAAAUAAUAUAUUGAAAAUCAUGUCUUUAGUUUAAAAGAGAGAUUAGAUGUUAACAAUGAGCUGAAGGACAUUUGUACCAAUGUCAUUAUACAGCAGACAUGUUUAUAAAUCAUGCGUCAUUCCCUGUAUUAAAAGUAUGGAAUUGUUUUACAAAACUACAUAUCAGUGAUAUUUUGGUGUUGUUGAACAUACAUAAUUAGUGAUAGAAACCGAAAGUAAUAUAAAAAUAGUUUUCAGUUAUAUUAUUAUUGUGUGGGUUUUUGUGAGGGGGGAUUGGUGAGGGGGGGGGGCGGAGUUACUCAUUCAGAAUCCAAAUUUUCUUACAAGAUAAUGGGUCAUGGUGUCUUACUUUUGUGUGCAAUUGCUUUCAUUAAGAUGAUGCUUAAAGAUGGGUACACCCACCAAAUACCAAAUACCAAAUUGGGCAGAGCCUCCUUUUACAAAUAAAUAUUAAAUGUUCCAUGUUACGCAUGUAGUAAAAAUGAAUGAGUUAUGGAAGGACAAGUCCAGUUGGUAUUGAAAUAUCAAUUAUAGUCGAAUACUUUAUCAUUUGUCAUGUCAGCUACCUAAUCUUGUGCUGUGUUGUUGUUAUCUGUAUACUGUUUCUGUGUCCUAUAAACCAGUAUUUCGCAAGCCAAUGCCCCGUUUUAGACCAAAAACACACCAAAGCUGGGUCUGGGUCUGGCGAGUGGUAAAGAUGCAAUGUCUGGUGUACUUUGACGUCUGUUACUAUUUUUCAAUAUAUGUAUAUUAACUGCAUUAUAUCUUUAGAUUUUAUAUCUUCUUCUAUAAACACCAACAACAAUUAUAAGAAUCCUACUUUGAUUAAUCUUUCCAGUUGUUUAUUAAGAUGAAAAAUUAAAAUAUCAAUUUGGGAACCAGUCAAAAUAGUUUGCAAAUGUUAGAGAAAAAAUGCUGGCUGAACUUGAGACAGAUCCCCCCCCCCCCCCCCCCCCUCCCACACACUCCAGUUACAACCUUUGUAUCUACUCCUCUGAAUUUAUCAUGUAAACUAACUGAAUAUCUUAACGGAUAUACUGAUUAUUCGUAACAGACAGACCUGUGUUCAGUUUUACACUAUGAUACUGAGAGACCUUUCUAACCUACAGAAUAAGCUAACUUCAUCCUAUAUAAGUACUGGGUACUGUUAUGUUGGAUACUACUACAAACAGGACCAGUUAUGAACAAAUUAACCAAAUAUGUUACCAUAUUUCAUAGUUUUCACAGUUUCUGUGAAUAUAUUUGUGAUGAAUAUAUGCAUUUGUUCCAAUAUUGUUUAUUAUUUUGUACACUAGAAGUGUAUUGGUACAUGUUUUAUGAUGUAUUAAUUAAAAGGCUCCUGUUUA